AAGCCUAGAUUGAGGUCCCGUUUGGGAAGUAGGGAAGAAGACUCCAACAACCGCCGCGUUUUUGCAAUUAUUUCCAAGCUGCAGCUCGUAGACGCCGCUUCUUCCGCAUUCAUCUCCAACCUGCAGCUCACUUGUUUUACGCAUCUUCAGUAAAACGCCUUCCCGAAUGGAAACUGUGUGUGUGUGUGUGUGUGUGUGUGUGUGUGUGUGUGUGUGUGUGUGUGUUUUACUGCACGAUUGUUUGCAAUCAUUUCUUUGUCUCUUAUUCCAUUCCAGAGCGACACAUCGGCGCAGACUGCGCUCCCUUUCUGUGGCGCAAGAACGGGAGAUAAAUUCACUUUUACGCACAAACUUGUCUGGACCGUUUGGACUUGAUCAAAGGCUGCGGGGCAAAAGCACAGAAUGCCGUGGACUCUUUAACGCCUGUGCUAAAUGUUUAUAGUGCUCUUACAAUUGAACCCGUGUGUGAAUGGCAGUGUUUGCUUGCGCCGGCCUGCCGGCCAUCCUCAGAACAAAAUGCCUCUGAAACUCAGGAGAACAGCUAUAUAUACUGUAGCAGGCAUUGAUGUGGCUACUGGUGAUUUUUAAAAAGGUGGGUAAGCUGUGACCUCCAGGCGGUAAUUAGGGCUAUCAUUUGGCAAACAACCACCACUAGAAACAAAUAUCAAUCGGAUUUUCCAGAGAAGAGCUGAUUGCUCCUUUUCAUGCCAGACUCGAACUAUUCCUCAAAUAAAAACUGAGCAGUUUGAUACGGCCUGCCUUCCACCACAUCACGGUUAUAGGUUAGAUGCUGCAUAGACAGAGGAAUGAUUACCCAAAACCUUCACUCUUCACUUCACUCUGAUAAAACUUUGGCAGUUUGGUGCAAAUCUCAUGUUAUCAGAAAGAUGCAUGUGGAAGGAGUGAUAGGCCUCCUCCUCCAUGCAUAGAUUCGGUUCAGCACAAUCACAAAUGCAAACAAAACAAUACUGGUCAGAAAAAGGUGUGUGUGCGCGCGUUUGUCUUGGUGCGUAAAUGUGUGUGAAGCUCAUACUUAUAUGAUUGACUAUAUCUUUGUUGCUGUGGAUGGAAGUGGGUGUAUUCCUGGUGUGUAACUCACAAGCAUGCUUGAUGAUGUUCUUUUGCCCCCUCCCCUGAUUAAAAAAAAAAGAAAAUGCAAGAAAGCUCUCAUCUACUCCCCUAGACAAGACCAGAGAGAGAGAGAGAGAGAGAGAGUGCAUGGGAAAGAGAGGGAUAGAAAUAGAGAAAGAAAGAGAGUUCCUCCAUCAAUUUUCUGUUUAAUGUCAGCGCUUCAGCUCCAUUGUGGGAGCGAGAGGACGCGUCAUCCAGACAUAAAUUUGCUAUUAUACAGCCUCACAUCCACAGGAUCCGGAGCCUGUAGUCGGGAAAACCCCUCGGUGGAUAAAUUCAGCAGAGAGCUAACGUUUAAGGAAGCGGAGCGCUAUUUAAGUCCAUACAUCUUAAUGCGCGUUGCUUUGGAUAAAGAGUGUAGGAGCAAGACUUUUUUUCCCCCGAGUUGUCAAGUUUUGGGAGGAAGAAAGACUCUUUUUGGUUGUUUAUUUUUUUUUUAGAUCCAUAAAUACAAUUAUGUGCUAUAUGGAGACGGUCGUUUUAUAGGACAUGACGGGGACUCAGUUUCUACCCUGCAAAGCCAAAACUCCGCUCAAUGCGAGGGGAGCCCGAAGUUCAUAAAAGGGAUUAUUUGCAUCUGGGUGCCUGAGACCUUCGGUGCCUCCGGAUUUUACUUUGGAUUUGGGAUUUAUCGGUUCUCACCGGGAUGGAAAGCCGAGAUUUCGCUCCUCCGCACCACCUCCUGACGGAGCGGAGCGCGUUGGUUCACAGCGCCGCGUCUCGGAUGGCGCCAGGCGGCCAUGGCUCCGUGCAGCACCCCGCUCACUUCCAGCCCGGGAAAUACUACUCAUCCCACCUCUCCAUGGGUCCGCACUCAGGUGCUUCCUUCAUGGGUUCCUUCCUGGCCAGCAGUCUGGGGUCCCCUCCCUCCCACCCUCCUCACCCCUCGGGACCUGCUGCCUCCCCCUCCUCCCCCUCCUACAGGGCUGGACCCCAUUCGAGGGCUUCCCCUAUCUGGUUCCCCCAUUCACAUGAAGGGUACCCCAGCUAUUCGGGGAGUCUUGCUUCUCCUUUUCUCCCCAUGAGUCCCCUGGAUCACCAUAGCAACGGUCUCUAUGGACAGCACCGCUUCUAUGAAACUCAAAAAGAUCACUUCUACCUGAGAGGCCUUCCUCCACAGCCUCCUCUGCUCUCCACCAGUCACAGCCUUCCUCCGCUGUCCAGGACUACCCCGGGCCACCCGCUUGGCUCUUGCAGCCGAGAGACAGACAAUGGGGGAGGAGGCGGGAAGAGCACCAAGGAUAUGGGUGAGAAAGGGGUUUCGUCUGUGUCAAAAAUGAAGGAGCGAUCAAGCAGCAAGGAGCGGCACCAGGAGAGCAAAGACAAACAACAUCAGCUUCAUCAUCACCAUUUUCAUCAGACGAACCCUGCCACCACUCCAUCCAGCCACCAUCACCAAGCUUACCCCCACCCUCACCAUGCCCUCCUUCCUCACCUCACACCACAGGGCAGGGAGGAGGACCACAGACACUCCCUGGAGCGACACAAGGAGUACAGAGACAGUGACUCGGGCAGUCAGGAGAGGAAGCAUAUGAGUGCGUGUAAACUGUCCAGUGGUUCGGUAGCAGAGACUGGCUCUGGAGGAAAGGGGGGAGUACUGAGCAGCUGCAGUGGUGGUGGGGUGGGUAGACCUCCAUCUGGAGGCAGCAGGCGGUGCUCCAAGGAUGGACCCAUAAAUGGGGAGAUGAGGAUCAGCGAAUCCUCAGCUUCUUCUAAUGAAUGUAUGAGAAGAGGUGCAGCUGCAGUUACAGCCAUCUUGGCACCUCCAACCCCCCACUCUGUGGCCUCCUACUCCAUGCCUCCUCCUCCCCCUCCACCACCUCCUCCUCAUGCCUUGCACAUGGGCUCCACAGUGGCAGGAGGGUGGCUACACCAUGCACAUCACCAUCCUCAUCCUGAGUUUUACUGUCCCCCAGCCCCUCUUACACUGACACCCUCCAAAGAUCCAGCAUCCACCCCUGGAGGGUCUGGCAGGGAGGUGAAAGUCACUGGCCCAACUUACGUGCCCUCAGUUGGGCCAUUGGGAGACCAGGCAGCAACUGACUGUCGUGGAGCAGGAGGAGGUGGGAGAAAGGGAGAUGACAAGAGUGGAGAAGGAUCUUAUGAAAAUCCCUCUCAUAACCUCAGCCGACUUAGUAGUUGCCAGAAGAAAGACAAAUCCCAGCCACACCAGCAACAGCUGGGAUAUGGCAAGGCUGACAAACCUCCAGACUGGAGCCACCAGACGCAGCACUUCCACAAACCAAGCUCCAACGUGAGCUCUCAGCCUGAGCUGCGGUCUUGCAGCCUGGACACAUCUUCAUCCUCCCGAGAUGUAGAGUUUGUGGAUGAUGUUUACCGGCCGUCACUCCCACUAGAUGCCCAGGGGACACACCCUGGUGCUGGACAGGGCACACCGAAAAAUAGCCCCAAUACCAGCACUCCUCCCUUCAGGGACUGUUCCCACUCAGGUCCUCAUCCUGAUGGGCGGGUGGGGUCAGGGGCAGCAGCUCACAGGGAAGGACAAAAGGUUGCAAGAAUACGACAUCAGCAGCACAGCAGCCACGGAGCAAGUACAGAAGAGAGGGGAAGAGACGGGGGUCAGACAGCACCUUCCUGGGGGGCUCGAGGGGGCUACCAAGAGGAUCAGAGAAAAGGCACCCAUCAUGCAUCAGGUGGUAAUGGUGAAGUAAGAGGGAUCAGCAACAGAGCUCCAAACAGUGACCACAACCAGCCCCAUUCUCAACCGCCUCCACCUCUGUCCCGCUCCUCAUCGCACACCACUGAGGGUGAGGGCAGUGCCAUGAAGAAUCUAAUGAACUACAGCUCCCAGCAGCCUUUGCUGCUGCCACAGCGGGGCCCAUUUGGAGGUCUGGGUUGCCUCAAGCACGGUGGAGAGAGAUCAGAGAAGGGGGACAGAGGAGGAGCUAAAAGCAACACCUCCCUGCAAGACCCUCCCAAACAAUCACUCCCUCCUCGUCGAGGCUCCACCAACGAGGGAGAUAGGGGUGAUAAAGGUGGGAAGGAGGCGGGGGAGGCAGGUGAGGGGGAGGUGCGACAGCCUCCGGUGGGUAUUGCAGUUGCAGUAGCCAGGCCCCCCCAUCGUUCCCCCGACAACACCCCUGGACACAGCAGACAGGGCAGGGUGCUGCCCAGCAUGAAAGGGGUGUCGCGUCCCGUCUAUCCUCUUGGUCGUGAGGCAGAGGAGAGGAAGAGGAUGACAGAGGAACAGAUCAGCCUUCAUCACCUGGACAGAGACAGAGAAAUGAUCAUCAGGGAAAACAAGGAUCGCGUGGAGUUCGCCAGGAUCCACCCUUCUAGUAGCUGCCACGGUGACCUGACCUCUCACCUCUUGGUUCCCGGAGGAGCCAGUCAGUUAGGGGCGGACCCUGCUGCACAUGCUCACCCGGCUCACCACCACUGGAUGCAAAGGACAGGAAGUCCCUCCCUCUGGAUGGGGCAUUCUUACAGUCUGGGCCACGUGGGAAUGAGCUCUGGCUUCCCAACAGGUCUGCCCAGCCCUCUGCAGCCUGUCUUGGGGUCGCUCACUCAAGACCCUAACUCUCCGCUGGUGGUUCUUCCUACGGAACCUGGGCCUCAUCAUCACCUCGAUGUUCUGGAGCAGUCAGGUCUGUGGCCCCCUGUGUAUGGAGGCAGAGGCCCGCCUUCUCACAUGCAGCAUCACCCCAUCUACUCCCGCUCCUCAUUCCUGCGGCAACAGGAGCUGUACGCCCUGCAGCAUCAGCACCAACAGCAGCAGCGAGCCAUGGAGCACAUGCAGCGCCACUCCUUAGGACAGAGAAAACACGAGGAACAUGCUAUCACUAUAGAGGACUCUCCUCACGAAUCUUCCUCAUCCAGAACUCCCUCCUCUACUUCUUCCUCUUCUUCGUCCACCACCUCCUCUCAUGUGACCAAACCCUUCUCUCACACCCCUCCUCCACCCAAGACACCCACGCCGUCUCCGGGGAUGUGUCCCAGCAGCCGUCAGUCACCUUGCUACCACUCCCCAUCCAGGCGACCGCACCCACCCAACCUGACCCCUGCGCCGAGCCCGGCUGCAGCGGCGCCCCGCUCCCCGGCACUCAGCCCUGCUCCUUCACACCUCUCUAAGGGGCUGGAGAGGGGCAGUGAUAGAGGAGAGGGGCAGCCACCUCAGGACUACCCACAAUCCCUAGAGCCAGACCUACCACCUGUUUACACCUACCCUCCAAUCACCAUGGGUUACAAGGUAGGGUCCUCACCUCCUGAAGCUCGACUGGCUGAACAAGCCAUGGUGGAGGCGGAGCCAGCAGAGCCUGACUCCAAGUCCCUCCCACAUCCAUGCCACAUCCAGUCUCUCACCAAAGAAGAGGAGAGGAGGGAAGAAGAGGAUGGGAGAGACUGUGAAGUGGUGGAAUCCCAGAGUGAAGUUGCAGAGGAAGAGAAGGAAGAAAGGAGGGUAGAAGCGAAAGGAUGCUCUGUCUCCGAGCCCGAGAGCAAGAUAUCUGGAUUGCCGCCAUGCCCUUCCCCAGCUCCGGCCCCAGAUCCAGCCUGCCCGUCCACAGCCACAGGCAAAGCCCUAAAAGUAGAGCUCUCUCUGCAUUGCCCGGACCAGAAGGCCGGCCUGGAGGAGCCCCAACUAUCCAAAGAGCAGGAGGAUGAUAGGGAACACGGAAAAGAGGUCAAGGAGGAAGAUGAGGGAGAGAAAAUGGUGCCUAAACCAACAGAAUGUACUGUCUCUGUGCCUGAAGAGCCUGGAGACGAGGAGGUGGAGGAGGAAGGGGACAAAGAUGGAGGGAAUGUGGAGGUGGUUGAGGAUGAGGAGGAAGAGGAGGGAAGUGGGAUGAAUCCAGGCGAGGACUCUGUGGAGCUAAUAUGUAACUCUCCUGUUCCUUCCCUGUCCUCUGACCCUGCCCUCCCUCCCACGGCGAGCACAGCGGCCCAGCUCCAAGGGGCCUACAUGUGGAGCCUGGAGCUCCUGAUUGCCGCGGCUCUGUGCGCCACCAGAGAUGCCUUGUACCCACCAGUACCUGCUUUCCAGGCCCCAAGCCCUCCACCCAACCACGGUAUGGAGAUACUGGGAGAACUUGCUGAGCUGGAGAUCCAGCAGAGGAGCAGGGAGAGCAAAGAGAAAGACACUGAAGGUGAAGAUAUGCUGACCUUUGACCUCCACAGUCUGGCGACGCUGGCGGCCGCCCGUGCUCUGGAAAUGGGGGGAGGGGUUGUGGAUGUGGGGGCGGGCCAGCAGUGUCCAAUCAGAAAGAGGCUCAACCUGCGCAGAAAGUGCAGCUGGACGCCUCGCCACGAGCCGGUGUGCCCAGUGAAGGGCUCCAUGGAGACUAUGGGAGGGGAGGAGCUGGCCAUGCGUGUCCAGCUGGCUGAGCUACAGCGCCGCUACAAAGAGAAACAGAGGGAACUGGCCAAGCUACAGAGGAAACACGACCACCAGAAAGAAGAGACGUCUCGUAGCCCUGCCCGCCGGGGGCCUGGCCGCCCCCGCAAGCGCAAGUCCACCCCCGGCCCAGCUGCUGCAGAAAGCUCUAAAAGACUUAGGACUGGGCUGAAUUUACUGGAGGAAAAAGCCAGGAAGAAAAUGUCCAAUCAUGGCUUCAACAGCCUCAGCUCUGCACAGAUGAAAGCUCGCUGUAAGCACAGAGUUCGGCCCAGCGCCCUGAGCUCCAGGCUGGCUAGGCGGGUGACCCAGCUGAAGCAAAAGGCUGUGGCCCAGCGUGGUGCACCAUCAGUAGGCAUGCUGCACUGCAGAGGGACCCCUGGUGAGGAAGAUGCCUCCAGGAGUCACUGCAGACAAGGAAGAAAAGACCUGCAUCAGGACUGGGCAGCUGGUCAGACUGUAAAGAGGAAGAGGGGUCGAAAGCCCAAAGUGCUGAUGAGCGUCAACCCGAACAGAGCUCACCACAAGGAUGGCCGGACCUCUAAGAAACAGGAAGUUAGGGAAGAGAAGAGUGACAGCGAGAGCUCAGAGCACGAGGAGGAGGACGGCAGCUAUGACAGUGAAGACGGAGCCGGUGACAUCAAGAUUAGCUCAUCCUCUAAAGAAGCUCCUGCAAACCCUGCCGGGAUUGUGCCUUUUUCAUCGCAAUCCUCCAAACUCCAAGCAAACCAGAAAGCCAGGUGUAAGAGACCAGGGCCUCCCGGCAUGGGGAGCGUGCCUAGUACAGAUCAGAGGAGAGCGCCCAGAAGGCAGAGCCUCUCCAACACAGAAAGGGAACGCCCAGACCACCAGGGGACUAAAAAAGCGUAUCUGCCCAGCUGGGGUGUGUCGUCAGUGGGCUGCAGCUUUGGGGACGGCCGGGGGAACCCUGGAGCUCUGACAGAAGCAAACAGGGCCAGCAAGGAAGCUUUGAGGAAGAGUUCAGCGGGACAGGGCAUUCUGGGAAAGGCCAAGGGCCACGCAGUAAGUCGGCUCCUGCAGAGCUUUGCAGCUGACGAAGGUUUUCGGCUGGAUGAGGAAAGCAGCUUCUCUGAGGGCGAGGAGGAGGAAGAGGAAGAGGAGGAGGCGAAGGAGAAAAUGUUGAUCCACCUCCCUCCCAACAUGCCUUGCAGAAUUCCCGCCCUGCCAAACUGUGUGCUGAGUAAAGAGAUGUUGGUGGACGGGCUGAAGAUCCUGAUCUCCAAGGAAGAUGAACUGCUGUACGCUGCUUGUGUCCAAACUCUGGACCUGCCUGACAUAUUCAGCGUUGUCAUUGAAGGGGAACGAGGGAAUCGACCACGGAUCUACUCGUUGGAGCAACUUCUACAGGAAGCUGUGUUAGAUGUGCGGCCCCAGACCGAAGCCAUCCUGACUGCAGGAACGCGAGUCUGUGCCUACUGGAGCGAGCGCUCUCGCUGUCUUUACCCUGGAUACGUCCAUCGAGGAAGUCCAGGUGAGGAGGAGAAGGAGGGCAGUGUGAUGGUGGAGUUUGAUGAUGGAGACAGAGGAAGGAUCUCCCUCGCAAACAUCAGACUACUGCCCCCAGGAUACCAAAUCCACUGUGCGGAACCCUCUCCAGCACUUCUGAUCUCACCUGGUUGCCGCGGUCGGCGAAGCUCCACCCAGGAGAAGAAAGACACACCCACAGAGAAACCAGCCAAUGAGGACCCAGCAGGGAGGCCCCAAGAGAAAAGACCAGUUGGCAGACCGAAGAAAAUCCACUCAGUGCCUAAGACUGCCAGCACACCGACACCAGUAACAGACACUGUGACCAAAGGCAACACUUCCUUGUUGAACUGGUCUGUACCAAGGAAGAGACCACCAGUUGACUUCUUCCUCUUCAAUGGGACGUCCCGUAAAACCCAGAGGAGGAUACGAGAGCGAGACUUGGGAUUUUUUCAUCGGCCCACCUCCCACCCUUUCGCACCUCCAAUGCCUAUCAAAGGCAUCUUUGGCUCCCCUUUUGAAUGUGACUCAUUUAGUAGCAUUGCCAAUGGCUACUCUACUUUUGGAAGCGGUGGAAGCUCUGGAGCUAGACGACCAGUUAGCACAGUAGCUUCCAUGGGGACCCGGGACUCCUUGUCCUCUGCUUGCUCCUCAGCUGUCACCAUGGCAAUGGCAGCUGGAAGCAGAAAGCCAGUGAGCGAACGCGACAGGAAACAGUUCCUGGUGAAGCUUGACCAUGAAGGAGUGACCUCUCCUAAAACAAAGAACGGCAAGGCUCUUCUUCGCCUCGGGGGGAGUGGAGGGAGAGGAGGCAAGAGUCUCGCCUCCACAGGAGCACCGCUGCGAUAUAUCCACCCUGCCCUGCUGGUGAAGGAUGGCAAGAAGGGGGGAGGGGAAAGAGACAGCACUGGGGUCCAUUCUGAGGCUAAUCUAAAGGGCGCUCCACCUCUUAGAAAAGAUCUUCUGUCAGCAGGCCUUGGAGUCCAAGGUGGGGAUUACAGUUUGGACUAUCCGAGUGACUGCCCCAGCUCUUACUCUGAGCUGGAUGAGGAUGAUGAGGAUGAUGGUCAAAAUGCUGCAGCAGGUGGAAGAAGUGCAGCAGUCACGUCCCACCGUGGUGGUCGUUUUCUUUCUCGUCUAUCCGUCUGCUUCUCCUCAUCUUCCUCCUCUUCUUCCUCCUCCGGCUCCAUCUCCUCCUCGUCCCUCUGCUCCUCAGACAACGAUUCCUCCUACUCCUCUGAUGAAGAGUCCUCCUCUGUGCUGCUGCGCCGUGCACUGCUCCAGCAGGACAAACACAAGCACAGGCAGAACAUUACCUCAGACCUCCCUGACCCUACCACCUCCAACUCCUCUCUCUCCGCCUCAGCCCCGGCUCAUGGCUAUGUGGCCAAAGCCAGCACAGCCAUCUCGGGGUCAAAAGUGAGGGCUGACAGAGCAGAAGACAGGAAGGAGUUCAUGUCAAAAGGAAGUAUGGUGGCUAAUAGUAGCAAGACCCAGCUUAAAAGGAAAGAAGGAAUUCCUAACAGCCACCAUCAGAGCCAAAGCAGUCCUGUGAGCCAGCAGCCAAAACCUGCCUCCAAGGACCCAGCAACAGCUAAGAGGCACAGGAUGUCUUCACCUGAGCCUCUGCCUAACAUGGCUCCUCUUCUGCCUGGACGCCAGCUCUGGAAAUGGUCUGGCAACCCCACACAGAGGAGAGGUCUGAAGGGUAAAGCCCGCAAGCUUUUCUACAAGGCCAUCGUGCGGGGCAAGGAGACAGUGCGUGUCGGGGACUGUGCUGUGUUCCUGUCACCUGGCCGACCCCAGCUGCCCUACGUGGGCAGAGUGGAGAGCCUCUGGGAGUCAUGGAGCUCCAGCAUGGUAGUCAGGGUCAAGUGGUUCUACCACCCAGAGGAGACUCGCCUGGGGAAGCGACACCGCGACGGCAAGAAUGCUUUGUAUCAGUCAAGCCACGAGGAUGAGAAUGACGUGCAGACCAUCUCCCAUCGCUGCCAGGUGGUCAGCAAGGCUGAGUAUGAUCACUUGAUGCGUGAACGUAAGCCCGGCAACACAAAGAACGACCUGUUCUACCUGGCCGGAACCUAUGAACCAACCACGGGCCAGCUAAUCAGCGCGGAUGGCAUGGCCAUUGUGUCCUAGCACCACCAGCUAGAGAGAAAUCCAAAUAUUGACCUGAAGUCUGGAAUUGACUGCUUCCUGGACGGUCCUUCAAAAGAGAACAAGGGACAAAGGGAAACCAAGACAAAGAGUUUUGUCUCUGCGUAUUGAUCGGCCCCUUGUAAGAGAAGGAGCUAGCCCACUGGAUAAAGCCCGACAGUACUGGCACUUAGAGGAGUCUGAUUUGUUCUGGGGAGAAGUCUGAUCCAUGUCAGAUUUAACCUCUUUAUCAGAUGUGGACUGAGGCUCCUUGUUGCAGCAAGAGCCUAUACAGCCUUCCCUGUGGCUGAAAUAACAGAGUAUGUCGUCAACAAGAUUACUGCAUCAAAAGAACAGGAACCAAGGACAUGAGCACUUUGGAGAACAGCAGCUUGGAUAUGCUAUGGAGGCAGGGUGGCAGACUUGGCUUUCUGAAACAAAGACUGACUCAGAGAGCUGGAGAGACUUUAUGGUAAGGACAGACUUACUGUAAACCACACUGGUUUGGAGGGUUUUAAUGGUCUUAUACUGGUAGUUUGACGAUGACAACAUGAUUGGGAGAUCCCCAACAGGACCAAAAAACACUGUAGUUCGCUUUGUGCGUAAAUGCGUGUAUGUGUGUGUGUGUUUGCAGAGUGGCUGCGAUGACCCUGUUUGGCAUUUAAUGAGCCCUAAGUAAAUAGUGCUUUAGCGUGCGUGUGUGUUUGUACUGUACGUGCGGUCGUACACGUGUGCACCUGUGCUCAUCAAGCAAAGAUGACGUCAUGAUGACACACUGUCAGUAUAUCUCUAACACUCUAUUAAUCUGUCCAGUACUUAAUGUGCAGAAACACAAAACGAUUUCUUCUCCUGUCAAGCCAUACACGUCAAUACCUCUCUCUCGUAUCCUCCUAUUCAGGUGCGGAGAAACAUGUACAGGUAGUUGGAUUGUUAAUUUGAGUGGUGCGUGCAUGUUGGUGUGUGUGCGUACGUGUGUAUGGGUGUGUGUGUGUGCGCUUUGUACAGCAUUAUGUAUAAUAUAACAUGUUGUAAAUAGUAUACAUAUAUAUUUGUUCUUGUUUUUUGUUGUUUUCUUUUGCAGAGAAGAUUAUUUUAUUUAGAUAUUUUUAGGGUGUGUGUGUGUGGGUUUGGGAGGGUCUGACAGAGGGAGGAGGUUGGGUUAGUUUCCUUCUCUCUCAAUGCACUGAACAGGUUUGGAGGUUUGGAUCUGGGGUCAAACUGUACAACUGAUGUGAAGACUUUGUGGUUGUAAGCCCUGCUUUAGGCAAAGGGUGAAUAUGUAGAAAAGGUGUUUGGGAAAUGUUUUUAUAAGGAAAUCAGAAAACGGCUCUUUUUAAACAUAUGUCCAAAUUUUUUCUCUUUAUUUUACUUUGUUGGUUUUAGAAUGUGCAUUUCCUGUUGGGAGCUUCUUUUUUUUUUAAACAAAUACUGGAAAAGAAACUGAGUUUCUGCUGUUCUCUGAUCCUAAAAGAAUCUAGUUCUUUAUCUAUUUUAGCCUGUAUUGCUAUAUAAAAUGUAGAUAUUUAUCUGGCAUCAAAAAGAAACAUACCAAAGCACCUGUGAGUUUACGCUUCACCGCAUUAGAAGAAAACAAUUUUAUGAAAAAGACAAAAAGACGUUCAAUCAAAUCUGAAUCCGGGACCCCUGCAAUCACAGAGGUAUUUUAAGUAGGGUUCCUCUCGUUGUCUGCUCGUGUUCAUCCAGCGUUGCUAUGACAGCCUCUGAGAAAGUUGCAGCAACAUUGUCUGCACACUGCCCAGCUGAUGCACUUGAGGUCUCUAUGGCAACCAGAAUGGCAUCAUGUGACUGUGAAGGACAAUCAGAGCCAAUCAAUGGGACAAUGUUGAGAGACAAAAAAACAAGAUAAGGAUCAAAUCACAAAUUAUGCUUCUUGUCACUUUUAUUCCUGCUUUGCCAAAAAUGUCUCUGUGUGAGUUUUAUGUUUGCUCAUUUUCCUCGUUUACCAUUGUCUUACUGUUUAUGCAAGCCUGUGAUGACUGUUGGUUGUCAGUGUAUAGGACUUUACAGGGGGGAAGAACAUGAAUGCCUUUUUCUUUUUUAGGACAUUGACUGACUUUUAACAACAAUGUUGCUGUUACACUGCAAAGCAAAAGCUUUAAAAUGAAUCUAAUGUGAAACUCAAUUUUAAAAUAUUACUUUUAUGGGUCUUUAAUUGAUUUUUUUUAAAGCUGUAUUUUCUUUAAGAAACACUGGAUUCAGUUCUAACCAUCACGUUUUGACAGAAGCGACAUCAUUGUGUUUUUUUUAGACCCACUGGAACCUGCUUUGUAAGGUUGAGAUAGCCUACUAAAAUAUAUUAUGUAAUUUCAGUCAUUCUUUGGAAAUAUGACUUAAAUAUUUCCUCAUGUACAAAAGAAAUUAUUUAUCUUAAUUUUAUUGCUUUUUUGUGUUUCAUUAAAAAAGAUUCUUACAAAAAACCCCA